AUACGUAUUUAUACUUAUGUAUGUACAAAUAUAUAAAGGCAUGUACGUAUGCAUGUGCCAGCGCCGAGUAUUUUUCAACGAAUGUACGAGUGUGUGCGAGUUUGGUGAGCGAUCGUUUAUGGCUGACUGGCUGGCCGUAUGCUUAUCCGCAUGCCCUCUCUUUCUGCUCCUUUUUUUGUUCUUGCUAUUAUGCGUUCUUCUCUGUGCGACUUGGGAUCGAGUGCUGCUUCGGCUUGAAGCGUGAUUUGUUGUUAUUAUAAUGACGAUUGUCGCGCUCAGCCCUAUUAUUCAGUGUAUUAAACGAACGCGCCUGAAGUUAUUGUAGUUGUAAUUCUCAUAUAUCGCAAACAUUUGGUUAGCAUUGCUGUUGUAUUUAUUGUAGUCGACGCGCUGAUUUUGGCUUUGACGUUGUCGUAGCCGUAGCCGCAGCCGCAGCCUCGGCUUGGGCUCGGGUGGAUGGUUGGCUGAUUAGUGUUUUGCCUGGAUUUUAUUAGUUGGUUUUUAAACUUGGUCGUGAGAGGGUAGUGAAAAGUGAAAAUCGGACAAUAUAAACAGAACAGUUGGAACGCAUUAAGAAAGCAGCAACCCAGCAAAUAAGAAAGCAGUGAACUGCGCAGCUGGAAAAGUGAGUGAAUGAGGAAGAAUUUGUGAGGCAGCUUUGAAGUGGAGUGCGUAGACUAUUACUUGGAGUGGUCCAAAUAAAAAAGUUAACUGAGUUUUUAAGAAAAAAACUUAAACUGUUGAACAGUGUACUAUAGUUGUGCGCCAAAUUACAAAAAUUGCAGUGAAAUAUUUCGUGAAAAGUUUUGUGAAUGGAUGCGUUAAGAGCUAGCAUCGCUUUUGCUAAUCCACUGGACGCAUACUCAGCUAACAGCGCUAUAAAUACAAGAACGUCCAAAAAGUCGAACACUUCGGAAUACUCAUUGCGAUCGUCGCCAGCUUCCUCACCAAGUACUUCACCGAAAGCUGUCGCUACGGCAGCAAACAUUGCGCCGCCUUCGCCUGCACACUCUUCAGGCGCUUCUUCGUGCUCUUCGCGGUCCAGACUGCGUGUAGCAACCCCCGACUCGCAUACGCCUGGCGCUGGUGCUGGUGGUGGUGAAAUGAGUGUGAGUGGUGGAAGUCAACUUGGCGCAGCGUUGGAUAUGAAGACGACGGGCUCAGCAGUUGCCUCUGUGGCUGCCGUCACCGCCGCCGCCGCCGUUGAGCUAUUGCAUGCGGGGGCGCCAACUUCUCAGAUGCAGUCGCAGAAAAUCAAAAAAUUGGUUCGCCGUAAUGCCUCCGACAAGUUGCGCCUCAUCCAAAUGGUUCAUGACAAUCCGAUACUUUGGGAUUCGCGUCUGCCCAAUUUUAAGGGCGCCGAAGAAGAGAAGAAUCGGGCUUGGGAAAUGAUUGGCAAGGAGUUCAAUGCGCCGGGGCGGCGAGUGGCGCGCGCCUUUAAAUCUCUGCGUGAAUCGUAUCGACGAGAGUUGGCGCAUGUCAAAUUAAUGGGCAACGGUUUUAAGCCAAAGUGGAGUCUCUAUGAAGCAAUGGAUUUCUUGCGAGAUGUCAUUAGAGAGAGAAAAGGCGGUUCGCACGCAGCUGAACAGGCGGCCAUUGGCCUUAAUUUGAGCGCAUUCUCGCAGCACUUAAAUAAUAAUAACAACAACAAAUCAACACUGAAACUCAACGCAUUGCACUCGUCUUUCAACGAGAGUGCACUAAAUUUGUCGAAAUGCGCACCAGGCCUGAAUAUGAGCCACGAAGACUACUAUUACUAUGUGAAAUCGGAAAUGGAUCUGUCAGCAGCGCAUGCGGGUAGCAACGGCAUUGGUGGUGGUGGCAAUGCAGCUGUGCCCAUACAUCCACUGCCGGCGCAUCAAACACAGCAGCAGCAACAACAAUUACACAGCGCUGCGCAUGACAGCCGCGUUUCGUCCACGCGCAAUGACAGCACCACGCAGCACAGCAACACUUUCGACGAUCUUGAUGCAUCAUCGGUACGCAGCGGCGACGAAGCCUCCAUGCGUAAUGUGGACAUAAGCAAUCAGGGUUCCGACGAGGUGGAGGAGCUGGAAGCCAUAGAUGCCGAUUUUCCCUAUCCCCUCAUACUCGACGCCAAUUCCCCGCCUUCCAUGAGCGCAGCAGGCGGCAAUGGCAACAUUGGUGGCAAUGCUGUUGGUGGCAGUAGCGCUUUGAAACGUAAACGACGUGACCUCAACAAUGACGGCAUGGACGAUGGUGCUGCGGAUGACGAGGAUGACUACGAGGGCCAGAUGAUGCAACAGCAUCGUCAUUUGCGCCAACAAAAUGGCGGUAUGGGAGGCGGUAGUGGCGGUGGCAUGAAUGGCUGUAUGCUGGAUAUGCCGCCGCCGCAGACGGUGCGUGAGGUGUUGAACUCCAAAUUUUGCGGCUUCAUUUCGGCGAAACUCAAUAGCAUGGAAGACACGGAGGCGGAUAAUUUAAUGAACAAAAUACUCAUGUUGCUGGUGCAGACGCAAACGAGCGAAGCCAAAUAGGCGCUGGACUGUGAUACAAGUAUUGGGUAGCAGCGUGUAGCAAAUAUGAUACCAACUGCUUACCAUAAAUGUAUGUGUGCGUGAGUAUGCAGUUACUUUCACGGGAAACGUGGUGUCAGACAUUUCAAUAAGAUAUUUUCAAACAAAUUUUGAAAUUAUUCAAAAGCCAUAUUUUUUAGUUUUAUAUAUAAAAGUUAGCUCUCACAUAUUAUAUAUUCUACUUUGCAGGAUGUGGUUUUUUGUAAAAAUGUUGUAUAUUAUUUACUAAUGCUUCUAGUUUUAAGUUUAUCCCGUUACUAGCACAUUAGCUCUCUAAUUAAAUGAUCAAAAUGAAGAAAUUAAAAGCGAUCUACAUGCCUAACUUCGUCAGUGGGUUGAAAUAAAAUUCGCUCAAAAUGAAA